AUGGCACGCAACAGGGUCGGCUCGGUGGAUGGUGGCGAGGCACAGAUCGGCGACAUGGGCUUUUGCAGUGCUGCCGACGUCCUUUGCCGUCGGUUGACGCCACAAGGAGGCGGCGCGGAGGUUGGUAGCUCCGAGAUCUGGCUGAUGCCGGUGCAAUGGUGCUUUGGAUUUGGACUUUCGGUUGGGGGUGGGUUUGUUUCUGGGUAUUUAAGUGGAUGGGUAUUUUGGCAGUUGCAAUUUGCUGUCUUUCGGUGGGUUAGGCGCCUGUGUCUUCCGAUGGGGCGGAUUUCUUGCAAUAGGUUGGACUGCGAGCAUUCACAGCCAACGCUCAACUCACGAUCCUCCAUGUCUUCCUCUAGCAACACCCAAACCAGCACUGCCUUCUCUCUUGCCAGUCCCAGUCCAACAGUUCAAGUUAAGCUUGACAACCACAACUAUCCAAGUCGGUUGUCUCAGUUCAUGCCAAUCCUGCAUACUCAUGAAUUCACGGGCAUAGUUGACGGUUCAGAGCCGUGCCCUCCAAAGUUUGUUUCUGAUGCUGAAGCUAACCGAUUUGCCUCACAAUCCAAGUCUCGAAUUACUCAGUUGAAAAGACAGCUCCAAACUAUUCGCCAGGACACUAAGACCUGUGCUGAAUACCUCCAACUUGCCAAAGGGUUUGCUGACCAAUUGGCCAUUGUUGGUAAUCCUAUUGAUGAUGCAGAUUUGAUUUCCUUUCUCAUUGGUGGUUUGAAUUCGUCCUUUAAUCCUUUUAUUACAUCAUAUUCCCUUGCCACCCGUGACAACAGCAUGAAGUUUGAUGAUUUUCGUGAUGAAUUACUUAAUCAUGAAACUCUCUUACAGCAGCAGACAAGUGCUGCAGACUCUGCAACAUUUGCUCUUUUUUCUAACAAAUCUGCAGGAAAUCAAAAUGUUGGAAAUUGGCAGCACAAAAACAAGCCUCCACAGCAUAUGAAGUUCUCACCAAGGGCACCUCACCCAACCCUUUCUCCACGACAACACUCAUAUUCCAUGGCCCCAAGAUCCAACAAUUUUUAUCCCAAGCAACAACACUCAUAUUCUCCAGAUUUGAGCCACUCAACACUCCCAUGCAGAUGGACUGCAACAGAGGACCACACCAGGCCUCAAAUUGUUAGCAAGACAUUUCGUGCAAAAACUAGCGUGCUUCCAUUUCUUGUUCUUCAAGCUCAACUGGUCAUGCUUCUUUCUCAACCCCUUUCCUCACAGCAGCAGCAGGCCAUCAUGCCAAAUAUGUGGAAAAACCAGUCACACAACACUGGAUUGUUUCCACCGUAUGGACUAUUCCUACCAAGGCAAGCACACCCACCACCUCAGUUGGCAGCAAUGGUUGCUCAAACCAAUGCCACAAUUGAAGAUCAGCCAUGGUAUGCCGAUAGGUAUAAGUGUCUUGAUCCUAUAACAAAUAAGGUUUAUCUUUCUAGACAUGUGGUGUUUGAUGAGAAUGCUUUUCCAGCCAAGGAAACCUUGGCCCAGCUGCUGCCCUCCAAGCUUGCUGCACAAGAUGAUCCCCAUUCCUAUCACACUAUCCUAUCCGAGAAGGAGCCCACCAGCUUUACUAAAGCAACCACAAAUUCACGAUGGAGGGAAGCUAUGCUUCAGGAAUUUCAGGCCUUGGUUUCUAAUGGCACUUGGACCUUGUGUCCGCGCCCCUUACAUCACAAUAUUGUUCGCAAUAAGUGGGUGUAUAAAAUCAAACAAAAACCGGAUGGCUCCGUUGAGAGAUUUAAGGCUGGACUUGUGGCAAGGGGUUUUGAGCAAAGGUGUGGUAUCGACUAUAAUGAGACAUUCAGUCCCGUGAUUAAACCCUCAACAAUACAAAUUAUUCUCAGUUUAGCAAUUCAGUUUGAUUGGUCUAUCCAUCAAUUGGAUAUUUCAAAUGCUUUUUUACAUGGUUACCUUGGGGAAGAGGUGUUCAUGGAACAACCUCAAGGGUUUGUGGACAAGGCUCAUCCCGACUAUGUUUGUUCUCAUGCUGCUACUAUUCAGUCUCUCAUCUCCACUCUCCAGCAGGAAUUCCCUUUGAAGGACCUUGGGCCUCUUGGCUUUUUCCUUGGCAUUGAAGCCACCCGAAUUGCUGCUGGCCUUCACUUAUGUCAGGCCAAAUAUAUUUCCGAUUUACUCCAUCGCGUUCAGAUGCAAGGUGCCAAACCGUCCACUUCUCCGUGUUCCUCCAGCACCAAACUCUCCAAGUUUGAUGGGGUUCCUCUCUCAGAUCCUUCCGAAUACAGUCAUGUUGUUGGUUCUCUUCAGUAUUGCACCCUUACCAGGCCCGAGAUUGCAUUUGUUGUUAACCAACUCUGUCAACACUUACAGACCCCCACGACAGCUCAUUGGACUGCUGCAAAAAGAGUCCUCCGACCCCGUACAUUAUCUGCUUAUUGUGAUGCUGAUUGGGCUGGAAGCCCUGAUGACCGUAGGUCUACUUCAGGCUCUACCAUUUUUCUUAGCAACUGUCUCGUGGCUUGGAGUGCUAAGAAACAGGCCAUUGUUUCAUGGUCCAGUACGGAGGCGGAAUAUCGUGCCUUGGCCCUCACCACUGCCGAUUUAUUUUGGAUCCGGAUGUUGUUCAAAGACCUUGGAAUCUCCAUUCCUUCUGUCCCUACCUUAUGCUGUGAUAAUGUAAGUGCUAUUGCUUUGGCUUCCAACCCGGUAUUUCAUGCACGGACUAAACACAUCGAGGUAGAUUAUCACCUCGUGCACGAAAAAGUGGUUAACCGUGACAUCUCUGUUAAGUUCAUAUCUUCAGGUGAUCAACUUGCCGAUGUCUUCACUAAAGGUCUUACUUCGGCUCAAUUCUUAUUCUUCAAGUCCAAGCUCAUAGUGGUUCCCCCCAUUAGCUUGCGGGGGGCUGUUAGACUACAUGCUCCAGCUGUACCCAAUCCCACAGUAGAUGCCCUUCCUGCCCCUGACGUUGCUGGCAGCCCACAUUCAAAUGAAGACAAAUCUCCAUGA